AUGACAUCCCUCCUCCCCAUAAUCAAGGACAUCCUCCCCAUCAUCAUGCCCUCCCACGUCCACGUCACGAAAUCAACAGAGCUAGAUAUAGCGACUGGCCAGACGGACGGCAUGGUACGGAAAGGUGCUAUCAUCAAUAAAUCGAGUAAAGUGUGUGCUUCGGUAAUGACCGCCCAACCACACACCUCCUCCGCAGUCCACCACCACGGCGAACAAGACACAAUCGUGUACGCCGCCUCCGGCCACGGCGCCAUCAUCUCAGACAACGGCAACACGCGGCAGGAGCUGUCGCCCGGGGACUUCGCGCUCAUUCCGGCGUGGACGGAACACCAGGAGGUGAAUGAUGGCGAGGAGGAGCUUACGUGGAUUAUUACGAGGAGUGGGAGUGAGCCUGUAGUGGUCAAUUUGAAGGGGUGGGGGGAGGGUACGAAGAAUGAGGGGUGA